AUGGCUCCACUGCCAUCCGCAACCUUGACCACACCCGACGUGGCUCCUGUCACAGCUACCACCGCCUCGCAGCCCUUCGACGACCUAGUUGACAAGGUCGAGAGUGGCUAUGCGGCUAUGCCUACCACCCCAAAGGCGGUGGCUCCCUUCCCAACCUCCAAACCGCAAGGUCUCCAGCGUUUCGCCGUUCAGAGCGUGCACCUGCGCGAGUGCUUCGCCGAGUUCCUCGGCACCUUCGUCAUGAUCGUCUUCGGUAUGGGCGUCAACAACCAAGUGACCAACUCACACGACGCCAACGGCACGUGGCUCAGCAUCAAUAUGUGCUGGGGGAUUGGUGUACUCAUCGGCGUCUACUGCUCCGAGGGCAUCAGUGGUGCUAACCUCAACACAGCCGUGACGUUGGCACAUUGCGUGUACGGCCGUCUACCAUGGUGGAAAGCACCCGGUUACAUGAUCUCACAGCUAUUGGGCGCCUUCUGUGGAGCUUUCAUUAUCUACGUCAUGCAGUACCAGAACCUCAACGUCAUUGACCCGUAUCGCGAGACCACACAGAGCAGCUUCUCGACGUAUCCGAGCGACAACAUCUCCAACUACACAGCCUUCUACACCGAGUUCAUCGGUACUGCUAUGCUUGUGCUCAGUAUCUACGCCAUCACGGACAAGCGCAACAGAUCUGCCGGUCUCGUGGGUUCUCCCUUCGCCUUCUGUCUAAUGAUCAUGGCGUUGGGCAUGGCCUUUGGCAUGAACACGGGCUACGCUGUGAACCCUGCACGUGACUUCGGCCCCCGCAUCUUCACGGCCAUCGCGGGCUGGGGCUCCAAGGUCUUUACCACUCGGAACUACUACUUCUGGAUCCCGAUCGUGGCCGAUUCUAUGGGCGGAAUUGCUGGUGCUGGACUCUAUCGGCUGCUUGUGGAGAUCCACCACCCACCCCUCUCGUAG